AUGGGUUGUUGUACUACCAAAAAUAAGAAAUAAUAAAAGGAUAUAGACUAUUUUAUGAAUAUCCUAGAUAAAAACAUAACAGAUGAAACAAAAAUCUAAGAAAGAAACAAAUUAUUUUAAAUUCCAAAAAAUCCAAUAUUUUAAAGGAGACUAUCAUAAAAAAAGGAGAACUCUUUGACAAAAUAAACUUACUCUUAUUUAGAAAGAAACAACUAAACUUCUAAAAAUUGUGAAUAUAUAUGA